AUGACCUCAGGUUCGGGUAAGGAACCGGUUAGCGAUUCAGACCCCGGGUUCGGGUUGUUACAUCCAAGGUUCAAACACCACUGGAGAUGCAAAGAGCAAGGUAUAACUCACCUUUCAUUUGCAGAUCACUUGCUCUUAGUGUACCAUAGAGACAUUGAAUCUGUAUCAGUUCUGAAAUCUGCCCUUGACUUCUUCUGUUCUAUGUCUGGGCUGGCAAUCAAUCUAACAAAUAGUUCAAUCUUUUUAUCUGGAAGUGGCCCUCACACUGAAGAAGCCAUCAUUGAGAUCCUUGGCAUUCACAAAGGCAACCUUCCCAUCAGGCACCUUGGUGUUCCCCUUAUCACCACCAACCUCAAGGCAGCAGAGUGUAGGCCUUUUAUUGAUAAUAUCACUCACUGGAUAAUUCAUUGGUCUGCUAGGUCUCUCUCGUAUGCAGGUCCAAAAAUGAAGUCUACUGGAGCAAAAGUUGCAUGGAAGACUGUUUGCAAGCCCAAAGAAGAAGGAAGUCUAGGUCUCCCCAACCUGAAAUUUCCAACAAAGCUGCCAUCUUGA